GGGUAGAGGAGGGAAACGAUUAAUUGCUCUUUGGAAUAUAAGUAGUGCAGAAUAGAGAAGAGAAAUACGCCGCCUUGAAGAGUUCCCUUUUUCUCAACAACGCCACAAAGUUACUUCCUUUACCUUUUUCGAAAACUAAAUCUCUGGUUCUAGAAACCUCUCAUUUUGGCGGUCUCCAGUCCUAAUCCACAGUCUCAAAAAAUUGAAUCAAUGAAGAGAAAAUCCAACAGCACAAAAACAGCCCAGGAGCAUGCCAAGGUACGGAAGGUUUCUCCUUAUUUUCAGAAUGACAGUGAGAAGGCAGUUAAUGUAAAAGUCCAUAAGCUUGAAAGUGACAUUGAUUCUGUAGCUUUAAUGGAUACUUGUACUUUUGGACAUAAAAUUCCAUUUGAAAUGUUUGAAUAUAAAGGAAAGAGCACAUCUCAAAAGGAAGAGACAACAGAGCAUGCUCAAAUUCAAAAGGUUUCUCAUUUCUUUCAAAGCAACAUUGUGAAAAAGGUUGGUACUGAAUUAUGUUCUGCUGGUGAACAUAAGCCGCUGGGUAGUAGAUAUGUUUCCCCUUAUUUUCAUGAAGAUAGUAGUAAAAAGAUUGUUGUUUCCCCUUAUUUUCAUAAGGAUAGUGGGAAGAAGACGGACAUAAACACAAACCUUGAUAAUAAGCCGCUGGGUAGUAGAUAUGUUUCCCCUUAUUUUCAUGAAGAUAGUAGUAAAAAGAUUGUUGUUUCUCCUUAUUUUCAUAAGGAUAGUGGGAAGAAGAUAAAUACAAACCUUGAUAAUAAGCCGCUGGGUAGUAGAUAUGUUUCCCCUUAUUUUCAUGAUGAUAGUGGGAAGAAGAUUGUCGUUUCCCCUUAUUUUCAGAAUGAUAGUGGGAAGAAGACUGUCGUUUCUCCUUAUUUUCAGAAUGAUAGUAGGAAGAAGAUUGUCGUUUCCCCUUAUUUUCAGAAUGAUAGUGGGAAGAAGAUUGUCAAUUCUCCUUAUUUUCAGAAUGAUAGUGGGAAGAAGAUUGUCGUUUCCCCUUAUUUUCAUAAUGAUAGUGAGAAGAAGAUUGACGUGAAGGCAGAGCCUUUAGUUCAGAAAAACGUUACCCAUGCUAUUAGAUAUGUUUCCCCUUUGGAUGAGGGAGGCAAGAUGGAAUCUAUUGCUUUACAUGCUGCUGAAAAUUUUGUGGAGGAAAAUAAAUCCAGUGAAAAAUCUAUUGAAAUUAAAAAAAAUCUUUCUGCUUCUGAGAAAUGGAAUGAGGCAUACAGAAGAAAAACUCCUGAUAAUACAUGGAAGCCUCCACGGUCUGCGACGGUUCUCAUUCAAGAGGAUCAUGCUCAUGAUCCUUGGAGGGUUCUAGUCAUCUGCAUGCUUCUCAACAGGACUUCUGGUACACAGACAAAAAAGAUUGUGUUAGACUUCUUUAAAUUAUGUCCAGAUGCAAAAUCUUGCACAGAAGUUCCAAGAAAGGAAAUAGAAAAGACAAUAAGGACUUUAGGUUUCCAACAUAAAAGAGCAAAAAUGGUACAACGUCUCUCUGAAGAAUAUUUGGACGAAAGCUGGACCCAUGUAACUCAAUUACAUGGAGUCGGAAAGUAUGCAGCAGAUGCAUAUGCCAUAUUUGUUAACGGGGUGUGGGAUAAAGUGAGACCGGCUGAUCAUAUGUUAAAUUAUUAUUGGGAAUAUCUCUACAGAAUCUAUCGUGAGUGAGAAAGAACUUGGAAUCAUGAGUUAGAAGAGGAUUUCCUUGUCUUUAUGGAACCAGAGUCUAGGUUUCCAAAUGAUAAUGUUUUGAAGAACAAUGUGCUAAUAUAGGACUUUUUAUUUUAUAGAUAACUAUUUAUGCACAUCACUGUAACUAAACUAAUGAAAUUCAGUUUCUUUUUGGAUGAAGAUAUUUUUCAUGUUAA